AUGACAGAAGUUUUAAACAAAACUGAAAGUCCAAAUAUCCAAAACUAUUCUUCACCAGGAGGUGUUGAUGAUAGCUUUGAUGAUGAUAGAAAGCAAAAGAUUGUUUAUACAUCAGAUUUUUUAAAGAAAUUCGAUAAAACCAAAUCUAAAGAAUUUUCUCAAAAUAUAAUGCAACCACCCAUUGGCGUACCAAUCGGAGGUGAUGUUUUAUUCAAUAAUAAUAUUGAAUUAGAUAACAAUAGUAAUACAACAUUAGAAUAUAGAAACAUUAUUCAAAGAUUAAAAUCAAUUAUUGUAAAUUCCAAAGAUGAAAGCUUAAUGAGUAUGAUGAGAAUGGUACUUUCAGAAUCUUCUCUUGGUAAAUCAUUUUUAAUUGAUGAUUAUAAUCAAAAAAGAAUACCAGAUAUUGGAGGACCAAUUCAAAACUUUGUAUUUUUAGGAGAUGUUGAGCCAUCACAAAUGUCAUCAACACCUUUAAAUUCAUUCUUUUCAACUCAUGCUGCAAAUUCAUCAAUCUCUGGUUCACUUCCACCAUUAAGAUCACCAAGAAAAGCAGAGUCUGUACCUUCAGUACCAGUUUUGCCAUUAUCAUCACAAUCACCAUCAACCAAUACUUCAAAUAAUCAAUCACCAGCAACAACAAACCCACAACAACCAAUUGGACCAUCCCUUACAUCCUCAUCAAACUCAACACCAACAACUACCACCACACAAUCACAACAACCUUAUAAAUCACCAAGAAAAUUAAAUACAUCUGGUUCAUCAAGCAAUAUAAGUUCAAUUUUCCCACCAGGUUUUUCAAAUAUUGAAUCGACCACACCACCAUCAACAACCACCACACCAUUAAAUAGUGUAUCACCUUCAACCACUUCAACCACUAGCUUCCAAACAUCAUCAUUAUCAACUGGUAAUAAAAUGAAAAAAUCUCCAUCAAUGCCAGUUAUUGCUGGUAAAUUAAAUAUUAGUUCUGAACAUUUGAAAACAAUUCCACCAAUCAAAUCUACCUCAAGUAAUAUUAAUUCAAAUAAUAUCAAUUUUAGUACUAUUAAAACAAACAAUACUGGUAGCUUAAGUUCAUCAGCCAAUUCAAUUUCAACUACAAUUCCAAAUAUUAAUUCUGGUAGUAAAUCCUUAAGCACAAGCAAAGAUGAUUCAGCUUCACCAAAUAAAAAAAUUGUCAACACUGACCACCAACCAAGAAAGCCAAUGACCAAAUCUGUCUCUAUGAGUGCAAUUGGUUUAAACAACCAAGAUCCAAAAGUUACAAGUUUAGAAGAAAUUACUGGCCAAAUUUAUCAUCUUACCAAGUAUCAAGCUGGUUGUAGAUUCCUCCAAAAGAAAUUAGAAGAGAAACCAGACUCUGAACAUGUCACUUUAAUCUUUAAUGAAGUAUUUGAUCACUUGAACGAAUUAAUGAUCGAUCCAUAUGGUCAAUAUUUGAUUCCACAAUUAAUGAAGUAUUGUGAUAAUAACCAAAGAAGACAAAUCGUUGAUAAAAUUGCACCAAAUGUAGAAACUUUUGCCUGUCAUGUAUAUGGUAUUCAUGGUAUUCAAAAACUUUUACAAUAUCUCUCACCAGAUCAAGUGGAUUCAAUUAUUUCCUCCAUUAAAAAUAAAGUAAUCCAACUCUCAAAAGAUAGCAAGGGUAACUAUUUGGUCCAAUCUUUCUUAAAACAAUUCUCACCAGAGGUAAAUCAAUUUGUUUGUGAUGCCAUCAUGAAUAACAUUCAAGAAAUCUGUACUCAUAAAGUUGGUUGUACUGUCGUAAAUCGUUGUAUCGAUAAUGCCAAUCCACAACAACUUGAACAACUUGUAGAUAGAAUCACUCAACACUCAUUAAAAUUAGUACAAGAUCAAUUUGGUAAUUAUGUAGUUCAACAUCUUCUUUCAAAGAACAAAUCUUAUUCAAGUAAACUUAUCAAGAGUCUCUUGGGUAAUAUCGCAGAACUCUCUGUUCAAAAGUUCAGUUCAAAUGUUAUUGAAAAAUGUCUUCAAGUUGCUGACACUGAAACUUAUGAAUCAAUUAUUAAAGAGAUCACUGAGGCUGAUAUCUUAAAUCUUUUACAAGAUAAAUAUGCCAACUUUGUUAUUCAAACUGCCUUAGAUGUCGCUGAUGAAGCCCAACAUGCAAAAUUAGUAAAAUUAAUAGUACCUUAUAUUCAUCAAAUUAAAACUCCUUAUGUAAUACAUAUUCAAAAGAAAAUUCUUCAAGUUUAAAAUAAUAAUAAUAAAUAAUAACAAUAAUAUAAUAAUAAAUAAUAAAAUUUUUUUUUUAAAUUAAUAAAUAAUUAAAAUAAUAAUAACACAAUCAAAAAAUCCCCUUUGUUUUUAAAUC